AUGAGCAAAGCAUUCCAGGCACAGGACCAGGAGGCUCAGGCACUCAUUGACACCACUGCCAAGGAAUUCAGUCUGAAUGAAGCACAGGAGAGAGCCUUCCGCAUUGUUGCAAACCAUGCACUGCGGAGCAAGCCAAAUCAUCUCAAAAUGUACCUCGGGGGCAUGGCAGGGACAGGAAAGUCACAGGUCAUUAAAGCUUUG